AUGGCAGCCAAAAAGCAGCGCAACACCGCUGGGAAUAGCCUUGCCACAGAACACCCUUCAUCUAAGUCCUCUCUCUGGAGGUUUUUCUCUGAUCAACCGGAGCUGCAAAGACGGAACAAAAUAGCACCUCCAGAAAGUAAACAAGGCAGCCAGCCCUCCAGCCCAUCGAAGUCGGAAUGCUCCACAGACGGCAAUGACAUUAGGGCACUACUCUCCCAGAUGACCUCCAAAAUGGACAUUGCAGCCAUGUUCCAGAGGCUGGAAGAGAGUUUCAGCGACAAAUUGCAAGCAGUCAGCGCUGAUGUCCAGCAACUGGGCACAAGGGUUCAAGCCCUGUAG